AUGGGUGAGUCAAGCGACUCUGUGUCCAUUGACAUUGAUUUGAUACCUUUAGGAGGAAAGGAAUGCACAGUGAAAACAAGUAAAGGUUCUGUGUCUGUGCUUGUUUGUGGAGAUCAAGAAAAACCCGCUCUAAUAACCUAUCCGGAUGUCGCCCUCAAUUAUGUGUCUUGUUUCCAGGGUCUGUUGUUCUGCCCAGAUGCAGCAUCUUUGUUGCUUCAUAACUUCUGUAUUUAUCACAUUGACGCUCCCGGGCAUGAGUUGGGAGCUGAUAUCAUUUCUUCUGAUGAACCAUUGCUUUGCGUGGAUGACCUUGCUGACCAGAUUGCAGAAGUGCUAGAUUUCUUUGGGCUAAGGGAGGUUCUGUGCUUGGGUGUAACAGCUGGUGCUUACGUUCUCACUCUGUUUGCUAUGAAAUACAAAGAACGAGUGCUUGGAUUGAUUCUUGUUUCACCUGUUUGUAAAGCUCCUUCAUGGACUGAAUGGCUAUACAACAAGGUGCUGCUGAAUUUGUUAUACUUUUAUGGCAUGUGCGGUUUACUGAAGGAAUGUCUUCUGCAGCGUUACUUCAGUAAGGAACUUAGGGCCAGUGUUCAGGGAGCAGAAUCGGACAUUAUACUAACUUGCCGAAGGCUUCUAGAUGAAAGACAAAGUUUGAAUGUUAUGCGAUUUCUCCAAGCAAUUAAUGCAAGGCAUGACCUCACUGAGGGUCUGAAGGACCUGCAAUGUAAGACGCUUAUAUUUGCAGGAGAGAGUAGUCCAUUCCAUGCUGAAUCUGUGUACAUGAGCACAAAAAUGGACAACAGAAACUGCGCGCUUGUUGAGGUUCAGGCUUGUGGCUCAUUGGUAACAGAAGAGCACCCAAAUUCCAUGAUAACACCACUGGAGUGUUUCUUAAUGGGGUUUGGCUACCACAGACAUAUACACGUCGCUUCCUCGUCAAGCAAUGGAUCAAAUCCUGCAAGCCCCUCUAGUCAUUCAUGCAUAGCACCAGAACUCCUCUCCCCAGAGAGUUUAGGAAUUAAGCUCAAGCCCAUCAGAACCCGGGUUGAUGUUGAAAUCUAA